CAUGAAACCCGGAAGAAGUUUUUGUUUACUCUGGCGACUAAGCUUCAAAAUACAUAAACUACAUUGUUUAAGAACUUCUGAAGAAGUAUUAGAUCUACAUCAAAAGAAAAACAUGAAUUCAAAUGAAAGCAUUAUAAUUUCAUUCAUGCUCCUUUAUAUCGCUCUUAACUGUUGUAAGUGUAUUUUAAAUCGUUGACUUAAAUAGUUUAAUUUAAACACUUUCACUUAUCAGUAUCAGUGUCAGACUUAUCUGAUUAAACUUAUCGGCAACCCUCCGAAGUCCGGUCCCAAAUUAUUUCCAAUGAUUAAUCCUUACUUAAAAGUCUUGGGCAUCAUUCUGUUUUGAAAUUCAUGUUUGCGUUAGUGGACGAUGUUGGAUGGAGGUUGUAGGCCGUCGAGAUGCACAACCACACUAGCGCAUUAUCACUAGACUCACUAGUCAUGUGUUUCCAGGAACAACUAUCGUCACGGACGCUUGGCGAGGAUAUCAACAUGUAGGUCAGCUCAACAACGGGGUGUAUGCUCACGCUGUCAUUUUGCACGCGCAUGAAUUUGUUGAUCCAGUAGACCAGGAUAUUCACACAGAAACUAUUGAAGGACUUUGGCUUUGGAUGCAUGCGAAACGUAAACUCUGCUAUCAGAGUGGUACUAGUCGCGAUCUGUUUGCCAGCUACUUGGGGGCCUUUCAGUGGCGCAACAGUCACAAGCAGAACGUUUUUGGAGCUAUUUGCAAAUGCUAUGUGCCAAUGACAACAUUUAGUAUUUACUGACUGACUGGUUUGUAAAGUGACAGUUAUUUGCAAAAGCUAUGACUGACAUUUCUGCUGUUUUCUAACAAUACACACUGUGCAUUGCAAAUUUUUUUAUACAAAAUAAUUUGGGAUCGGACUUCGGAGGAUUGCCAACUUAUCAGUAUCAUAAGUCUAAUUAUCAGACUUAAUUGUUAAUAAAUUAUUGAAUUCAGUGUUAUUGCUGGCAGUGCUGGUGCCAACAAAUCAGUCAGUCAAGUCAAAAGGAAUCUCAACAUAUUGUACUUUUACUUUUGAAAAUUUUAAAAUAAAAUAUCAGAAGCUGGAGUCAGUAAUGCAAUCAAUUUCUUGGUUUAAAGGCCUUGCUUGAUAAUUAUUAAAGUUACAAUUACAAAUUAAUAAACAAUGCCUAAGCCUAAGCAAUUUAAUGAGUUCUAGUUCAACUAACUUUUUUUUAGUUCUAUGGUAGGCCUACUAAAAUAACAACAACAAAUUUACUCAACAUCAACUUUUUAGUAGUUUUUGAGGUAUGAUUUUUUUUUUUAAAUGCGAGGUAAUUGGUAAUUUUUUAUUUUUUAUUUUUUUUUUUACAAUUGACUGUACAUGUAUACCACAGUUCUGUAACUGUUUUCAUUUUGUGGUAUUGCUUUAUUAAAUAAUAACUUUAAAAUAUUAAACUACAUCUUCAUGAUUUAUGUUUCAGUUACAAAUUCAGUAGUAGUCUCCUCUACUUUAUCCAAGUACCUUUACUUUACUUACCAUGAUUUACUUGAUUUUAAAAAUUUAGUCAACUCAUUGAAUUGGCCAUGUAAUUAAAGAACAAGGCAAAUAAAUUAUGAAGUGAAGAGUUUGGUUCCAUGCACCCUGGUGUGACUCUAAAGCUGACCAUCAGUACAUUUUCAAAAGUUUACUGCCAUAUUUAUGUUACUAUCAGUUAGGGGUGUGCCGGAUCCGUUUUUUCCAACCGGAUCCGGAUUUUCUUAUGCGAAAUCCGCCGGAUCCGGAUUCCGGUUUCUCCCGGAUUCCGGAUUUUGGUACUAUUGGUAGAUACUUCGGUAAGUCAAGGUGGACUACUACUUUUUGUGUAUGGGAAUUCGCAAUCGGCGCCAAAAAAUCCGAGUUUUUAAUUUUCCGAUGUGUGUCUAUUUAUUAUUAAAUUAGUACUUUCGAUAUAUAUUUGAGUUCCGUUCCAUUUGGAUAAGUGUCUUACGAGAGACGCCAUGUUUCUACGCGUUCGCAGCAGGUUAUGCAGCUCGCUCAACCUAAUUUCGCCAUGGGGUUGGCCACGCCCCCCUUUUUAAUGGCGGAAGUUGACGAUACUUAGGAAAUAUUAAUUUAUUAUCACUAUUUACAUCAAAAUAAUUGAUAACUUGUGUUUCAGAAUGCAUUUAAAGACAUUUAAACUGGAAUGUUUUAAUUUGAGCUUUAACAACCCGGUAGAAUCCAUAUUAUAAAUGAUCAGAAUUUACCGUGUGCAACACGUUGUCAUUGGCAACCAUUCACAGCCACUUGCAUAACUGUAUCGUAGUACUACCUCAGAGUUUCAUUCAUAAGAGUUUGCCGUGUGCAAAAACUAUUAAACCAUUGGUCAGGGAAAGCUUUAAUUAAUUAUUCAUGUGCCAAAGUUGAAAGUUUAAACUAAGUCUAAACAGUAUUUUAGUGAUAAGGCAGGGAAUGCGUUGCCUUAUAUAAACUAUAUAGUCAUUGCGCAUGACGGGAUUGGUGGAAUGAGAUCACAGAAUGUGGAGAUGCAGUCCAUGUUAAAAAAUGACAAACCAAGUCGUACUUUAAAAAUUCAUAACUUUAAAACUACAACAGCUAAAAAUAUGAUUUUGGUGUUAUAAUUCUUUAAAAAAUUACAUCUUUUCAACUAUGCCAUUGGUUUAUUUUUACAAAAAGUUUAAAUUUUCUUAUCAAAGUCCCUACACUAUUGGCCACUAUUAGCGGUGCUGACUCUAGCCUCUGGUAUGUACGGAAUAUUAAACAUUAAACAAGCUCAACGCUCGAAACAAUCGAUUAAUGUAUCGUGAUCGUGUGGAAUUCGGGAAAGAGAAUUACUUUUAUUUCAGAUUAUGAUCCGGUGAGUCACAAAAUCUGGCAAAUUCCGAAAUCCGGUAUAUUCCGGAUUCCGGAAUCCGGUUGUUCCGGAUACAUGUAAAUCCGGCGGAACCGGAUUUCACCGGAUAGUGCAAAAUCCGGCGGAACCGGAUUCCGGACCGGGGUCCGGCACACCCCUACUAUCAGUAUCUUCUACCAUAGUAUAGCAAUAUAACUAGUCAUAUUUUUGGAAUUCAAUUCACUGUAAUCUUCAUCUUGCAUAUCGAUACUCCAUAUUGAUUUUUAACAUAGCUUAGGGGCCAUCCAUAAAUGACCCCCCUCCCCCCAUGGUCACAAAUCGUCACAAAAAGUUAGACCUCAAAUAUAACGUCACAAAUCUCUGCACCCCCCUCCUUAUAAAAAGUGUCUGUGUUUACUACUGUCCUUUACAAACCCUUAAGAAAUUCGCCUCCCAUGGAUAUCAAAUUACUGCAUCCGUGUCAGAAACAUUUCACUAGAUAAGUGGUUCUUAACCCGGGGUACAAGUACCUCUCCAGCCUUGAGGUGUGGGAUACCAAAAAAUUGUAUUCAGUGGCGUACCAAGGGGGGUGUGGACCGCACCGGCUGACACCAUCUCAGGGGGUGACAUCAAAUUGAAAGAUAGCAUAAUUACAGAGCACACACUGAUCUGUCUAACCGAAAUUCGUAAAAGGAUUACAGAUGACUCGUACAUUUUCCACCCUUGUAACCAAUUAAAAUGCGUGUUUCGUUAAUAUUACAAUUUCAAGGUUGAUGCGUCAGCAAUUAGGUUACCUUAUUAUUAGGUCAGAAACACACCGUUUUGACCAUGUUUCAUCGCCAAAUGAAGUGUUCGGUAACUUUUGUAAGUUGCAGGAAGCUAUUUUUAUCUAAAUUCUGAGAAAUACAACUAUCAUUUGAUAACAAUGGGCGAUUCUAAGAAUGUUGCAGUUCUUAAAUACAUUAAACCCCUGACCUUCAAUUAAUUUGUUUUUGUUCUUGUAUUUCUUAUACUUUGGAGUAAGUUUAACAAGAACAAAUACAUAGUUAAAAAGUGGGGGGGGGGGGGGGGGGCGCCGCCAUGAGCUUACCGGACCGGGUGACACCAACCCUAGCUACACCACUGAUUCUAUUUGCUGCAAUUGCUAGUUGUUGCUGCUUUAAAAAAAAGAAAAAAAGAAAGUUUUUAUGGAUUUUGAUUAGCAGCAGUCAAUGAUGAAUUUCAUUGGCCCAUUUUUUUGUAUUGGUAAUUUUCUCCCCUGUUUAUAAAAAGUUAAAUUAAAGAAAUAAAACUACGAUAACUAAAUUAUUUAAUUAUUUUAAAUUUUAUUACAAUGUAAUUUAUUGGGUUGGGGGAGGGAUGUUUUAAAAGGAGUGGUCCUGCAACGCUGCAAAAAAAGGUUAAGAAUCCCUGCCAUAGAGCAUUUACCCCCCCCCCCCCCCCCCCCCCCCCCCCCCCCCCCCCAUGCGCUAAAUGCUUAAUUGCAUUUUGACAUUAUCAAAAAUUUUCAGGGGAACAGUUACCCCUACCCCUCCCUUCAAUUUCACUCGGGGGAUUUGGCUCCCCCACCCCCACCCCCGUCAACCUUUUCCCCCGCUCUAUCCCACGUUCCAUGUCCAGAUUUAGCCAUAAAUUCUCACGACUGUCAUUGUAAUUGUAACUACAUUCCAAUUCUCCUACUAAUGGGCCUCCUGUAACUUGAUCAGAGGCCAUUCUUCGGACCUCGCACACAACUGUACUGAUUCUCUCAGUGAUAGUAGUUUUAAAAUAAAAUAAUUAUUAUUGUUUUGUUUUUUUUAAUAAUGUUAAAAAUUUCUGUAAUUUAAUGUUAUUAAGUGCAAUUCUUUACUACAACAUUCUGCUUUUCAUGUGACGUCACAAGGCUUGAGCAUUCAAUCCCCCAAAAAUCUGUUGGUCUUGAGUUCAAUCCCCCCCCCUCCCAAAACGCCUGACGUCAUUUAUGGAUGGCCCCUUAUAAACUUUUAAAGAGUUUGUAAAAUCUUAGUACAUAGUAAACUACUAUUCUUCUAUCACCCAUAACUUGGUAAUGAAAAGAAAGACAAACAAAAUUGGAUUUCUCAAUAGUGAAGAGUGAUAAAUUAUCACAUAAUGUAAAGUUAUUUGUUAGCUAGUACUAGUAGCCCUGAAUCAGCUAAUACAUCUCAGGGCAUUGGUUGGGGGUGAUGUUUAGGCAAUAUGUGUAGGGUAAUCAGCAGGCGCUGUCAAGCCUGUUAGCCAAGAAUGAUUUAAAGUAUGAAAUCAUUAUUUUUCUACAUUUUUAUUUAAAUCACUGGUUAAACAAGGUCAGUUGAUUCAGAGAGCUCAGCAAAUCAAUUUUUUUUAAAAAUAACUUAGAUGAAUUUGCUAGUUUCCAAUUCAUGACAUGCAUGGAACAAAUAAUGACAAACCAUUUUACCUUAUUUUACUUAACCCUCGAACUGUGGCAUGCAUCAUUCUGUGGUGUGGAGCUUUACAGAGCUUUUUGAGUACCUUUUGAAAUUACAUUAAAUGACAUAGAAAUAUUGAUACAAGACCUCUAUAAGUAUAUAUUUUUAGAAAGGUAAAUGGAUGGGGAUAAAGUUGGCCAUAUUGGCCACCCAGUAAAAAACAUUUUGCUACGUGUCCUUGACCUUGGAGUUCUCAAGAAAAUAAAAAUCGACAAAAUGUCUUGCUUUCAAGUGCUCAUAACAUCAUUAUUUUUUAUAGAUACGCUUAAAACACAAAUCUAAAUAAAUGUUGUAGCCAAUUCAUUUAUCUAUCAGAAAAUGUAUAGUUUGCUAAGGUUUUGAUUGUAAUUACACAUCUGAAAGCAAUUUUAGUAAUUUUAGGUAAUUUAUAUAAGAAACUGGGACCACUGCUAAAACCAAGUACAAAUUACAAAAUCUCAGGCAAAUAGUUAUUAUUGACUAGUAAACAUUUAAAAAGGAACUGUGGAACUGAUUUGGGUUGUUAAACUAUAAAAUUUAUUAGUUCUGAUCUAUAAUCUCUAGCUUCUGUGACUAAAAUUCAGUCAGUCCAACCUCCGUGCCUGGCUCGAAGUCAAACAGUAGCCUCAGUAGGCCUACUUCAGUAUCACUAAGAGUAGUCUAGAAAAGAAGAAUCUGAAGUGAGAUAUCAUGGGGAAUGUUAAAAUCAUCAUCAGUAUCACUUAAAUCCUCCUAAAAAGCUUUCAAAAAUAUUUAUAUUAGUUCUCACUCUGAAGGCCCGGCCAUAGCUUCAGCCAUUUUUUCUUUAAAAAAAACAGAGAUAUAAAAUUCCAAUUAAAAAGUAGUUAUUGUUAAGUUACAAGAAACAGCUUGACCCGGAUGUUGAUUUAGUUAUUAAUAAAAGGAAAUGACUACGAUUUCUGUUAAAUAUUGGAUUGGAAGUUGCUAUUGGACGGAUCUUUUAUCGGCCUAUUUUUUCGGACGCCACUGCACAGAACGAGAAUGUCGGCCGAUUUCGUCGGCCGACCACAGUUCGAGGGUUAAUAAUAAUAGUCCCCUCUAGGUCAUCCAGCAACAGUGGUAGAAGCAGCACUAAGAAAAAAAAUCUUUUUUUUUAAAUUCCAAAAUUUAGGAAUGACUUAAAUUUAAGUGGCUUUUAUAACUUUAAAAUUAAGGUUCUGAAAAUCUCAAAUUUACAUAUGAAUAACAUUACAGAAUCUAAAAAUUUGCCAUGGCCAGUAAAAUGGUUUACAAAUUAAAGUGAUCAACGGGGAUUAUCAACAUGAUAUGGCCAUGUUGACAUUAUUCACCACUUUAACUAGUUUUAGCCAUGUUUUCUUCAAAAUCAAAUUUGUUGUACUUAUAAGUAAUCUUUUUUCUGUUGAUCUCUUUACAAUUACAAUAUUAAUAUCCCCUGCUUUUGAGCAACCCUUGCAACCUCUCAUAAUUCUUCUUUGAUUUAUUAAUCUUUGUCAGUUGUUGGUGCAUAGCCGUGAAUGUUGUUUAAUUGAUUUAAUCGGAUAUCUCAUAUUGCAAUCUUGAAAAAAAAAAUAAUAAUCUUAAGAUAUUAAUCCUAAAAUCGACAGGUCAUGAAAAAUUUUACAUUUUAAAAAAAAUUAAAAUGUGUGGUCUUGAAAGGGUUUAUGUCCACUUACAUUUACAUGACAAACAGCAAAUUUUGUGACCUUUUACUUUUACUAUUUCCACCACUAAAGUGGAUAACAGCCAAUGCAGACCUUAGCCUCCUUGGUCAUAUAGUUACUGAACAUAAUAUAAAAGAAGGAGGACGGACUAUAGGUCCCACAAAGGGAACUGUCAACUUUUGUUUUAUGAAAUCUCUAUUGUCUUUCUGCUGCCAUUGCUAAGAGUAAAAUCUACAUUCCUUUCAAGUUUAUUGUCCAGAAUUUUCAUUCAAUGAUUUGCUGAAGGUGUUAAUAAUUUUUAAGUUUAGAUCUUAAUAUUAUGUUUAGAUUUAUUAAAUUUAUAAUCAAACAUUUUCUCAAUUGAGGUAUUUUUAAAAAUCCUUAUGCAUAUGAAUUAAAAUAAAUAUGAUUAAUUGAAAUUCUUUUAAUAUUUACAGACGCUGAGACAAUUGAGGAUUACAUAUGCAGUCAAAGGUUCAAAGGAUCCAGAGUGGACUACAAGGAACGUUCUUGUAUUGAAGGAGAAGCAGUCGGUUGUGAAGAUCCUUUCCCAUAUCAUAACAUGCGUGAUUGUUUAAAAGAUUUUUAUGGUAUUCAAACCAUUAAUUAAAUCUAUAUAAAACAUAUUCAGGGUUAUUUUCUCUACCUUAAAUUGCUAAAUAUAUUAAAAACCUUUUUUUUAAAAUCUGGUAUAAUGCUUUUAAAAAUAUUUAAAAAGGGGCAUUGUCUUGCUAGGUCAAAGCAAUGUAUGUGAACAAGUCAAACCCUGUAAGAACCAUGGCGUCUGUUCACCAAUACUAACAGAUAAUCACACCAGGACAUUUAAAUGUGAAUGUGCCAGCACUGGUUUCUAUGGAGAUAGAUGUGACAAAAGUAAGUCAUUGUUGUUCAUACAGAGCCAUCAAUAUGCAUGUCUUAAGUUUGCUGUGAAAGCAGGAUGGAGAACUAAGAACAUUUUACACUCGUUUAAGAGCGUGUCUACGUUUGUAAGAAUUAUGACAUUCAUAGAAAUUUAACCCAUGAAUAAUCUUUUGUAUGCAGGUUGACCGCAAUUCACAUCAUUUCCCCUACAUAGUUAAACCUGUUACCACUUUGUCAGAAGGUGGACAAUGGCUUGAAAUUUAUUGAUCGAAAACCUAAAUGAUUUAUUAGUAUUAAUAAGGAAAUGAAAAAUAUGUAUUUACUUAUAUAUAUAUUUUUUUUUUCUUUCACAGAAUGUCCCAAAGAUUUGUCAGCCAGAAAUCCAAAGUGGUUACCUUGCCUACAGAUUUAAUAUCAGUUGUUACUGAGUGAAUACUUUAAAUGCACUCAGUCCCCCAUAAUAAAAUAUACAACAUAGUUCAACUAUGAAUUUUUUCAGCAUUUAUAAAAGAUAAAUGUAUAUAAGCAUUUGUAACUAACUAAGGCAGUUUUAUUUUAAUAAAUGGUGUAUUUUUACACAACUGAAAUCCUAUGCUAAUAUAGGCCUAUAUUUUUUACCUAUGCAACAUAUUUGUUAUGAGUAAAGCUUAAGCUCUACAGGUAGUUAUUGAAUUUAUAUUAUAAUAAAAAGCUGAUUUUCAAAUCAAUUUACCUAAAUACAGUUAUUUAAUGUUAAAUUAUAUGGACCUAAACAGAUGAAAACAAAUGUUUUAAAUAUCAUCUAACCUCAUCUAAAAGAAAAUAGCCCAAAAAUAGUUGUACAAAUUUUUAAAAAAAAUUUUAAAUGUCCAGUGCUAUAAAUUUUUUUUACAAUUUUAUCAACAAGCUCAAAUCAAACAAAGGGAUUAAACAUUCUCCCUCGGUAAAGACAAUGUUUAUAACUUUUGUCCUAGCUUAUCUUAUUCGUAUCAUAAAACUUUUAUGAUGUUUCACUUUGAACAAAAAAUAUGGUUGGUCCAGGUAUUGUAAGGCCUAAGGUUUAAUUAAUAUACAAAUAAUUUCACAAUCAUUGAGUAAGGUACACCUUGUUUAAAUAAUUAAUAGCUUAUUUAAUUUGUUUAACCAUAUCUGUGUUCCUUUGAUGGUAAUUUAUUCAUUAUUAUAUUAAAACCCUACUUUGUAUACAUCAUAAUAUAUAUUGAUUUUUAACAAAACUGAAAUAAGCUUUUUUCCCCCCUCAUUAGUGAUUAUAACUGGGAUCUAACUGAGCCAUUACACAAUAUAUAACUUAAAUCCUGAUAUUUUGUGAUCCAUAUUUUAAACUUACUCUCAUCCCCAUUCUACUGUCAAUUAUUUUUAUUACAUUCCACUGCCAAUUUCAAUUUACUUCUAACAUUCAACUAUCAAUUAAGUUUCUUACAAUUGAAUGUCAAUUAUUUUUCCUACAUUCAUCUGUCAAAUUUUUUUUUUUUGUAUUCCUCUGUCAAUUAUUUUUCUUACAUUCCUCUGUCAAUUAUUUUUCACACUCUUACAUUCCACUGUCAAAUUAUGGUUUUUUUACUGAAUGAAUGUAUACUAUUUUCAGAGCAGCAUUUAAUAUAUUAAAUUUUAUAUGAAAAUAAUGCAUUAGUAUGUGAACUAUUUUACUUUUGAUGUUUUAUAUUUUUGUGAUGUAAAUUGAUGCAUAUUUGUAUUUCCUAAUAUAUUACAGAAUUUUACAUUAACUAUUUUUAAUAUCCGUGCUACUCACCAUAUACAUACAGAGAUCUGAUAAUAAUGAAGAAAGGAAUCAUUUUAUUUAAAAGCAGUCUUGAGAAAGCAUGUGUCCUAUUUUAUGGGGAAUCAAUUCCAGCAUGACAGCAGUUUAAUUGAGGUAUAACAUAUCAUUUAUUUAAUCCGUAUUAUUUAUUCUCUAAUUUAAAUUUAAGGUCAUAUAAUCCCAAAUAAUUGCUACUUCACUUCAUGUUCUUUAUAUUUUCCUUUUGAAAAAUUUCAAUAAAAAUCCCAGUAGGUCAUUUUUGAAGCAUAAACAAAAAUUAUGUUAAGAGUUGGAGUGAAAAAGGUUAAUAUGAAUUAAAAGCUAAAAUGGAAAUUUUACCUUGUCUUACAAUCAUGAUGUGUUUUGGAUGUACUUGACCUACAGGCACACCUGGCUAUCUUUUAUGUGCCUUACAAUCAUGAUGUAUUUGGGAUGCACAUGACCUAUAGGCACACUUGGCCAUCUUUUUUUAUGUCUUACAAUCAAGAUUUGGUAGGGAUGCACUUGGUCUACUGGCACACCUGGCCAUCUUUUAUACUACUAAUUACAAAUGUUGUGUCUGUGCCAGUUGUUUUAUUGCCUUGUUAGCAAAUCUUUUCAUGAAGGUUGUGCUUAGUAUUUAUUGGUUGUCUCAAGUACCGUAGUUGUAAACACUUUUAAUGCGAUACUAUUGGAGAAAACGAAUGUGUAAGUUUAAUGAAUUUCUCCCCAAGACUUAGCUUAUUUAAAAGUGUUGUUUAACUUGUCAAGUUCUUGUUUUUAUUUCUAUUAAUCGCUUUGGAAAGAUAUUUUAAAUCUAAGAAGUCAAGCUGUUAAUAUAUAUAUAUGUAUAUAUAUAUUGGUUUUGAUUUUGAUGCUUAAUUUUAGCACAGAAUAAAAUAUCUGUAUAAUCUACUAUUGAUUAAAGAACUUACUUGAUAUAAUUGAACAAAUUAUUAAGUGAUAAUUUAAAGAUUGGUAAUUUUUAUACCAUGUACAUUUUCUUUCUUUUAAAAAUUUUGUUAUAUUUUAAUUUUAUAAAUAGCCUGUUUUUUUUUAUUAUUUUUUAUUUUUAGGGAGAGAACAAUGUAAACUUAUGAAUAGUUGAAGUAAAUUUGAACAAUCAAUUUCAAAACAGUACCAAUCCUAUUCCGUUACCUUUCGGUAAAUGUUGCAUUCACUGUGUAUCUGUAGAUUUAUUUUAAACCUCAUUCUUGAAUUAAGCUUUUAUUAUUCGAUCAGCAUAAGCUUUUAUUAUUCAAUCAGCAUUUUUACUUUCAAUAUAUAUAUAAUAAUAACCUGGUGGCUUAUUGUUGAUUAUAUUUAUAUUUAUAUCUUUUUGUUCUGUAUCCUUUACACUAUAUUUAUCAUGACAAAAUUAAACACUCUCCAAAAGAAAUUACAAAUCAAAAUUAAAUUCUGUUUUUAAAGUGCUUCUUUAA